AUGGCUGAGGAGGGGAAGGGCCCGCUUUCCCUGUGUAUCUGGCGAGCCACCUCCUUUAUAAUCCACGCUGUUGGCAACGAGGUGGCGGAUCUUGAGCUUGUGCUUCUGCAGGUCAACGACUUGAUACAAAACCGUGUCUCUCUGCCGAGAUCAAAGUAUUCGGCAGUGCCACAUCUGUUGAAGCAAGUCAGAUUAAAGUUGAACGAAGUUGAAAGCAUUAUCAAUAAUUUGACUCGCGUUUACUUGACAUCGAAAACACCACUUUGCUUGAUGCAUGCUUGGCGGAAGGACCAGGAGCGCUUAAAGGAGCUGCAGGAUAACAUACGGACUGUCAAGAGCAGCCUCAAUAUUAUGCUGGGCGCAGAAAAUUCCGAGGAUUUGCUCAGAAUUCGGCUCGACAUUCAGACAAUAUCUGCCACGACGACCCAAGCAUCUCGAAUGCAAAUUGUCACAAACGAGAAGUUCAUGGACACUCUGACGGGGGUUGAAUACCGUAUUGCAAGGGUAGAAGAGAUGUUGCAAGAACAAUCACGAAGACUACAAAUGAGCCAGUAUACCCAAGUCAAGUCGGCAUAUGGAACCGAAAGAGAGACAAAGACACGGUCCGCGGCGCCUGACACAUUUUCUAUUAGCUCACAGAAAGCUGAUUUUGGCCUUGGUAUUCGUGUCACUCCGUUUGAAAACGCAUGUAGGAGAGACUGCCACUGCUCUUGCCACACUCUCAAGCGCUCCUCGUCGCCAGCAUUUUUGAGCAACUUGCUGGGUCGUUUAUUUGUUGGUUAUACAGGAUUACCGGUUUUAAGCCCAAAAUGUGACAAUGCCGUUUGUCAAGCUUCUCGGUCGAGCAAAGUCAGCGUGGAAUACUGGUUUCCAGCUAACUUCUGGUCCAAUAUUAUACAGAUGGAACUCUCGUACCACCAAACAACGGGGCCUUCCUUGCAGCUUCGUACCUUGAGGGGAGUUCCCGACAAUGCACAAUGCGUCAAUUUUGCUCUGAAUGGAAACAUGGACGGAUUGAAGUUUUUGUUUCGCCAGGGAUUGGCGUCACCUCGUGAUUAUGAGACUUGCAAAUUCUUGAUACAAGCAGGCGCUGAUGUCGACUACAAACCACUUGGCGCAUUUGAUAAUAGCCCCCGUAUCAAGGCAUGUCAUUUCCUUCUGGAGGGUAAUCUUUCCGAGUCCGCUGCCGGGGCUCUUCGUGCCAUCACAAACGGCAGCGAGUAUCUCGAUGAUUUCAUAGAGGAGUCGAAUUUUACUCGAACACAUCGAAUCAUUCUCGGUCUCUCGAUCGGCGAUUUGGAGCGAGAACUAAUUUCUCAUCCUGGUGAAAUCAACGCGCAAGAUUCUAUGGGCCGCACAGCCUUGGCGUGGGCUGCGGCCCGGGGGGAUAGCCAUUCCAUCUUGACCUUGCUCAGAUAUGGCGCUGAUCCGAACAUUAUAGACUCCCAGAUAUCUGGUCCAUUGUCGAAUGCUUCGGCCCAGGGUCAUACAGCUUGUGUGAAGCUCCUGCUUGAUGCAGGUGCAAAUCCGGACCCUCCACUUCCUGGCGGUAUCAACAAGGGUGGACCUUUAAAUGUUGCCGCUCGAAGGUCUGACGAUCCUAUCCUUGUUAAACUUCUCUUGGAUUUUGGGGCCGAAGUUGAUCAAGUCGGCGUAGACGGCAAGACGGCCCUUUGCCAUGCCGCGCAAAAUAAUGACGCUUCUCUAGCCAUACUUCUUCUGGAGUAUGGUGCCGAAAUCAACAAAGCCACCAUCACUGGCGAUACACCAUUAACUGUUGCAAUCACGCAUAAUAGUCACUAUGUCCUGAGGCUUUUUCUUGAGCGGUGGCACCACUAUUCAACAUGUCCUCGACUCAAAGGACCGCAUCUUCUCGAAAUUACAGCCAAGUAUGGAGACCUCGAAACCAUGGGUUUACUGGCGAACACGAAUCAUUUUCGCCUCAAAUAUGACGAGAAAUACACCUUCGGUGACUUCAGCAAAGUAAUUCAGGAGCGUCCCGAUGCGACGGAAAAGUUGACUCUUGCAUUUGAGGAACUACUAAGUAUAUUCAAACAUGCUUCUCAUACAGCAGAAGAGCAAGAAAGUCUCAUGGAAGCAGGGUGUUGGCCGUGUUUGACCUCCCGCUCAACUACGUGGGAAACAGCAAUUGAAAGCCCGCAGCAAAGUGACAAUGAAUCUGACGACCAAUUACAUAACACACAAGCCCUGCCAGAGGAUGAUAAUCGACACGAAUAG